AUGGCAUGCAUUGGUUUAGCUACAAAGAAAAUGAAUGUUAACUCUGCUUUUCUGCGACCUUCCUGCCAGAAUGCAUUUCUUGGUACCGGAACAAGAUCUUCUUCAACCAUUAAAGCCCAAAAGGCUGACGACCAUUAUGUAAAGGAAGACGUCGUGAUUGUUGGAGCUGGAAUUGGUGGACUUGCCACUGCCGUUUCACUUGAAAGGCUUGGGAUUAAGUCGAAGGUUCUAGAGCAAGCAGAUUCCUUACGAACAGGAGGCACCUCAUUAACCUUGUCCAAAAAUGGAUGGGGUGCUCUGGAUGUAAUCGGAGUUGGCAAUCAACUCAGGAGCCAUUUCCUUGAAAUUCAAUGGGCGAGGAUAAAAUCACAACAAGGCAAGGAAAUGCAGUUCUUUAAUUUCAAAGAUGCAGAUCCAAGCCAAGAAGUUCGUGCUGUGGAGAGGAAAAUUUUAGUUGAAACACUGGCGAAUCAGCUCCCUCAAGAUGCCAUUUCUUUCUCCUCAAAGCUGGCCAGUAUCGAAAAGCAAGAAAAUGGAGACACUUUACUGAAACUUCAUGAUGGUAGCAAAGUAUCCGCCAAGGUGGUUGUCGCCUGUGAUGGUAUUGGAUCCCCAGUGGCUAAAUGGAUGGGUUUUACAGAGCCAAAAUACGCUGGUUAUUGCGCAAUUCGUGGCCUCGCAAUAUUCCCUGGAGGCCAACCAUAUGAACCGGGGGUGGAAUAUAUUUAUGGAAAAGGUAGUCGAGUUGGAUAUGUUCCAGUUUCUCCAACAAAGGUCUACUGGUUCAUCUGCUUCAACAGCCCAUAUCCAGGUACAGAGUCUGUAGAUCCGUCCGUGUUAAGACAGCAAAGUAAAAAGCUAGUCAAGAAUUAUCCCUCCGAACUGUUGAAAAUUAUAGAUGAAACUCCAGAUGAAACCAUGAUAAGUACUCCCAUUGGGGACAGAUGGCUAUGGCCAGUGUUAACCCCUUCAGCUUCAAGCGGAAAGGUUGUUCUUCUUGGUGAUGCUUGGCACCCAAUGACCCCAAACCUCGGACAAGGUGCUUGCUGUGCAUUGGAGGACGCUGUUUUUCUAUCCAAGAGGCUCGCGAAGGCUCUGCAGUCUGAAAACCCCCUCUCUGUAGAAGAUGCAUUCAGAUGUUACAAGAAUGAAAGGUGGCGCCGUGUAUUUGGAAUGACGAUCCGGGCAUAUAUAGCAGGGAGAGUGAUGCAGUCAGAGAGUUCCCUAGUUUGUGCAUUGCGGGACAAUAUUCUUGUACCUAAGCUAGCUAAACCUGGCUCAAUGUUGGGACACACAAAUUUCAAGUUUGAACCUUUGCUGACGAAAGAAACAUGA